AUGACAAUAGUUGGACACGCUAUCUUUUUGUAUACUUAUGAUAGUUUGAAACAUGACGUUAGCACACCUAUAGCAAGUCUAUUGUCCAGAUUAGUCACGAUGGUAUUCGUACAACCACUUGAUUGUAUGAGAACAUAUUCUCAAGCUAAUCUUUAUGGAAACAAGGUACCAUCAUUUAAAGAAGUUGCUAAAUCGAAGGGUUUUUUUUCAUUGUAUAAGGGAUCAUAUCCAACUCUUAUUAGGGACAUACCCUUCUCUACUUUCCAUUGGCCUAUAAAUGAGUUUCUCUAUAAGAAAAUAACUGGGAUGGAACGAUUCAGGGAAAGGGAACUAACGCAGAUGGAAAGUAUGUACAUACCGUUUAUUUCUGGAACAUUUUCAUCGAUUAUCGCAACAAUUUUCUCACAACCAUUUGAUAUAAUAAAGACAAACAUACAGGCUGCUGGAUUAGAUCAUAGGUGCCUAAAAAAAUCUACCGUGCUAUCGGAAUUUAGACGAUUGAACAAAAACUAUGGAAUGCGUGGAUUUUUCAUUGGUAUAGGGCCCAGAAUGUUUAAAGUUGUACCUGGGUCCGCAAUAAUGUCGGCCACAUACUAUUAUUAUAACAAGUGA